AUGACCAGCAUCGUGAAGGGCUUCGGCGUCUCGAGCAGCGACGCCAGCAAUGGCAACAGCGGCACCGAGUUCCUCUGCAUGCUGUCACCGCCCAAGGAGAAGGUCGACGGGUACGACAACACGAAGCCAUGUAGCGAGCAGACCAUCAACGUCCCGCCAUUGUUCCGCGACGCCAUGGCCGUCCGCGAGGAAGUAUACGGCGAGCAAGGCAUCCCCCUCGAGGCCGAGUUCGACGAAGACGACGCCCGCAGCUGGCAUUGGAUCGCCUACGCCUCUGUAGCCUCGACAUCCAUGCCGCCCAAAUACCUGCGCUCCGACUCGCCCAACACGCCCGCAGAGGAUGCCCGUCGCGCUUCCGCCUCGGCCUCGCGCAUGCCCGUCGCUACAAUCCGCCUGAUACCCCCACCCCACAGCCCGAACAAGUACAUCAACAACACCAAGAAGCCAGACAAGCACGCCGACGCCGACCCGCCCAGCGACGAGGCGCAUCCCCCCGAGCCAUACGUCAAGCUGGGCCGCCUCGCUACCCUAAAGCCCUACCGCGGCAUGGGUCUCGCUGGCCUCCUGAUCAACGCCAUCGCCGACUUCGCCAAACAGAACCCCGAUACAAUCUACAAGCCCCCGUCGCCGACCGCCAUGGAGCGGGCGCAGAUCAAGGAACACGGCCGCGACCAGCACCUUGCUUGGGAUGGCCUGAUCAUGAUCCACGCCCAGGCCAAUCUCAAGAAGAUGUGGGAGAAGCACGGGUUUAGUGAAGAGUUGCGGAACGACCAUGGCGAGGUGGAGAUUCACGCUGAGCCGCAUUGGGUGGAGGAGGGGAUUGAGCACAUUGGUAUGUGGAAGCGUAUUGAGGUGAAGAAGAGGCCAGGCAUGAGUUCGCAUUGA